UCGAACUGACUGAUUUGCUCCAAGUGUAGAUGGAAAUACAGUGAGCGGCCUCUACCACCAGUAAGUGCUUCAUAACCCACCCCCGGCCAAACGCUGCAGCCAUGUGGAAACUCAAACCCCCACUGGAAAUGCCGCUCAGUCUCAAGUACAAGCACAUUUUGGAGCAAUUAAUGCCAAGUGAUCCUACAAUUUCACUUAAUCUUAAAAAAUUGUCGGCUGAAGAAGAAUUUCCAAACUUGGCCAGAAAUCAGACUUACAUGGCAAAGGUUCUUACAAUUCAAAUGUACAAGAGGCUGAGGGCCAGAGCAACUCAAAGUGGCUUCACACUGGAUGAUAUCAUCCAACCUGGUGUUGAUAAAUCUGAAUAUUCUUCCACUAGAACUGUGGGUUGUGUGGCUGGAGAUGCAGAAUCAUAUACUGUGUUCAUGGAGUUCUUUGAUCCUCUUAUUGAACUUUAUCAUCGUGAUUAUCAACUAAACAGAAUGCACAGGAGCAACUUGAAUCCAGAAAACCUAAAGGGUGGAGCUGAUUUAGAUGAACUCUAUGUGUUGAUCUGUCAAGUGAGCACAGGACGUAACGUGGAUGAUUUUUGUUUCCCACCUCACUGCAGCCGUGGAGAGAGACGUGCACUGGAAAAACUUGCCAAAGAAGCCCUCAAUGCAUUAGAUGGUGAAUUUAAGGGAACAUAUCAUUCGCUGAAGAACUUAAGUGAGGAGAAACUUCAGAAACUGACUGCUGCUGGAAUCCUUACUGAUAACCUUAUUUCUCCAAUAAUGCUUUCAUCUGGUAUAGCCAGAGAUUGGCCAGAUUCACGGGGAGUCUGGCACAAUGAUAUGAUGAAUUUUAUUGUCUGGGUCAAUAAAGAAGACCAUCUUCGCAUUACUUCCAUUCAAGAUGGUGGAAAUAUGAACCAAGUUUUUACACGCUAUUGUUUGGGUCUUAAAAAGCUUGAAGAAAUAUACCAGCAGAAAAAACACCCCUUCAUCUGGAAGGACAAUUUAGGAUAUGUGUUAACCUGUCCUUCAGAUCUUGGCACUGGUAUGCGGGCAAGUGUCCUUGUUAGACUGAAGUACAUCAGUAAACAUCAGAAGUUCGAUGAGAUCUUGAAGAGAUUACGUCUAGAAAAGAAGCCUACUGGUGCUGUGAAUGCUUCUGAAGUCUGGGACAUUUCCAAUGCAGAUCGAAUUGGUUUCUCAGAAGUGCAAUUGAUGCAGUUGCUAGUUGAUGGCAUUAAGCUGCUGAUCAACAUGGAUAAAUAUAUUGAACAAGGAAGACCUAUUGAAGAUCUUUUUCCCACUCAGAAGCAGAUGGACAUACAUGAAUAAUUAUUUACAGCAUAGAGAUGGAAAUUAAUAUUUCAGAGGAAGGAUUCCUGCAAAAAAAACCUAUUGAUACAAAAAAUAUGCUUCUGAAAUAAAACUUUAAUUUACAAAUGAAUUAUACAUUAAGAUUUCAAUACUUUUGAAUGUAAUUUUCUAUACGAAGAUCAAUACCCAGGAAUAAGAAAUGUGAUUCAUACGCUACUGUCUGCAAAUGGCAGUGAGCUAGAGGCUCACAGGAAUAAACUGA